AUGAUUAAAAGAUUGGUGAAAUUGUUAUCUAAAAUGUCAAUUCCUCCAUCUUCAACAUCAGCAAUGGAAACAACCACGACAAACAUAGUUCAACCAAACUCAACUAUUUCUCAAGAAUUCAAUACUGUUCAAGAAGGGAAAGCCACGAUAUUGACUCCUAAACAAGAUGAAGUAUUCUAUAAUCCUAUUCAACAAUUUAAUCGAGAUUUAUCCAUCAUGGCGAUUAAAGCAUAUGAUGAAAUACGACACGAAAAGAUACAAGCAAUAAAGAAAAAGAGUAAGAACAAAAGGACUAAAUUGAAUGGAUUGAAAAUUUUGGAAAGUUUAGCGGCAUCGGGUUUGAGAUCAUGUAGAUAUGGAUUGGAAAUUCCUGAAGCAGGGAAAAUAGUUGCUAAUGAUAUGUUGGCCGAAGCAGUUAAAUCUAUCAAUAAGAAUGUUGAAUAUAAUAAACUAACGGACAAAGUAGUUGCCAAUCAAGGUGAUGCGAUAAAAUUCAUGGGUUCUACUGAUGAAAAAUUUCAUAUUGUUGAUUUAGAUCCAUAUGGUACUGCUGCACCAUUUAUUGAUAGUGCAAUUCAAUGUUUAGAAGAUGAUGGGAUGUUAUUAGUGACUUGUACUGAUGCUGGAGUAUUAGCUGGAAGUGGGUAUCCAGAAAAAUGUUUUGCAUUAUAUGGAGGGAAUAAUUUUGGUAAUGCAUAUGUUAAUGGAGAAUCAAACCAUGAAGUUGGAAUUCGAUUGAUUCUUAAUUUAAUUGCCAGUACUGCUGCCAAGUAUAAAAAGACUAUUGAACCGAUGUUGAGUUUAUCUAUUGAUUAUUAUUUCCGUGUUUUCGUGAAAGUGAAAACUAGUCCCAUAAAUGUUAAAAAUCAUGCUAGUGAAACAAUGUUAACUUAUGGAUGUAAUGGUUGUGGACAUAAAAUUGUGCAACCUUUAGGAAUGAAAAACAAUACCAAAUUCCAAUAUCCAAAAUUACAAGGUCCAAUAUCUUCCAAUUGUCAAUAUUGUGGUACAUCAUAUAAUGUUGCCGGACCUAUGUACGCUGGCAAUUUGCAUAAUCGUGAAUUUAUAGACAAAGUAUUGAAAAUUAAUGAAUCGAGUGAUAAAGAAAUCUAUGUAACCAAUGAAAGAAUCAAAGGAAUGUUGACUUUGGCGUCUAAUGAACUUGAUGAUGCACCAUUUUUCUUUAAUCUUAAUCAAUUGUGUUCUAUUUUCAAAUCUCCACCAAUAUCAAUUGAACAAUAUACGAAAGCAGUGGGUAAUUUGGGUUAUAAAGUAAGUUUAACUCAUGCUAAAAAGAAUUGCGUGAAAACCAAUUUACCAUGGAAUUUGAAUUUAUUAAUUAAUCGAGCAUGGCAAAUUGAUCAAAAUGAGAAAUAUGUCAAAGAGAUGGAAUCGAAAAAUGUUGAUGAAUUGAAUGAAAAAAUUAAAGAGAAAUUGAUUAAAUUGAAAGAUAAUAUUGGUAUUAAUCCAAGUUUGGCAGAAAGUUCUCCUGGUUGGAAAAUUUUGAAUUAUUUUAAGACUAAUAUGAAUGAAGAAGAGAAAUCUGUUUCUAUUGAUUUUGAAACAGGUAAUGAAGAGUUUGAAAAGAUUGCGAAAUUAAGAAAAGUCAAGAUGGUGAGAUAUCAAGAAAACCCAAGAAAAAACUGGGGACCAAUGGCCAGACCAAAAUAG